UUUUUGGUAUUCUUACGUGGGAGUUGGAGUGAUUAGCAGUUAGAGAUGUAUUUCAACCGGAGGUGUAUGAAGAAUAGACUGAGUGCGGAAAUCGUUAGGACUAACAGCCACUGUUCUGUGAUAUGUUUUUACCUGUUGGUUUAUCUAAUUGACAGAUGCGCUUCCGGGUCUAGUGAUCUAACGAGCGAUGCACAUCCUACUAUUUAUCAGAUAUCGAUUAACGAGUCUAAUGCGCCGCAGUACCGGGGUCUUCCGGUGGUGCAGAAAUGCUGCCCCGUUGGGGAGGUCUUGACGAAGGACGACACCGGGAGGACUGUGUGCCUCAACGCCAGUCUGACCCUCGACUCAACGAUUUUUUCACCCUAUUUUAGCGAUUUUAAUAGAACUGGGGUGCUUGCUCCGGGCGAUGAGAAGUCACAAUUCGUCGCGAUCAUUGGAGAUCCUUGCCAGUUUAAAAAGUACAUGCUAGAGCCCGAGGUGACGAGUGACGAUGAACAUUAUCUACUGCUGAAUGGCUCUAUUUUUGGUCCACAUCACAUGCCAUCAAUGCUCUCCCCAGGGAGAGAUUACUGCAUGGAGGUCAUCCCUGAUCUGGGUCUGAGGACACUGGUCUGUUUCCAAGAAGAGGAGCAAAAGAAGGCUGGAGACUUUCGAUUGACGUUUUACGCCUGCGGGCUCCUCAUUUCCGUGCCCUUUCUCAUCCUCACGAUAAUUGCUUACUGCAUCACACCGAGACUGAUGGAUGUCCAUGGAAAAGCUCUCUGUCACUACUGCGGGUGUCUCGCUGUGGCUUUUGCGGCACUCGCCAUCACUCAAUUAUCGAGCAACCAUUUGUAUGAUGAAAUGUGUAUUUCCACAGCCUUUGUCAUUCAGUUCUCCUUUGUCGCGUGCUUCUUCUGGCUGAACGUAAUGUGCAUUGAGACUUAUUUACUCGCUAGGAGGUACAUGGAUAGUGGAUGUUCAACCGCUCGUCAACCCCACAGACUGUUUUUUUAUUACUCCCUGUGGGCUUGGACACCUCCUGCUAUUCUCAUUAUCGUUUCUAUGAUCAUGGAUCUUAGUCCGACUGUCCCCAUGACGUAUAUUAAACCGAAUUUUGGAUCACAGAGCUGUUGGUUUGAAUCGGACGUAGAGGCGAUGCCUUACUUCUACGUCCCAGUGGGUCUCCUGCUCAUCGCCAACAUCGUUCUCUUCACAAUGACAGCCGUCGCAAUCACCCACCACCAACGAGACCUAGACCUCCGUCGAUUGCGUCAAGACAGAGAAACGAAUCGAGACGAGCGUCGAACAUUGAGUCGAUUAAAACGCCUCUUCCUCGUUUGCCUGAGUUUGUUCUUCCUCAUGGGCAUGAACUGGGCGAUGGAGAUGAUAUCCUGGUGGGCAGGAGGCGAUCCCCUCGCGUGGUCAGCCUUUGAUCUAGUCAAUGCUCUCCAGGGGAUUCUUGUCUUCGGGAUAUUUGUCCUGAGGAAGCCCAUUAGACAACUUGUUUGGUACGAAGUGCAGAAGAUUCGGGGGGUAGAGGCGACGGAACCGGAAGUUGCUAGUAUGGAUCGAUCUCUUCUCACUGUACUCAAUAUUGAUGCGUUACCUUCCACCGAGAGAAUGUUGUAAUUGAUGAUUGCAUUGAGAGAAGAAUUUAUUUGCUAAGACAAAAUUUUUCUAUUUCAACAAUUUUUUUACCUCAUUUUUUACUUUUUUUCACAUAAAAAUUUUUUGAUUCUAUAAUCUUUGAGAUAUUAUACAAGAUCUUAAGCGACAAUCAUUAUAUGAGCUGAAAGAGGCCUCAGGAGUGAAAAAAAACUAGUGAAAUCUGCAAAAUCUUUUGCCAUCAAAUUCUCUAUUAAAAAGUCAUAGAGAAAUUCGAAAGAUGGUUUGAAAAAUUUGUUCAUUCUAUAGAAAUCAAAUGGGGAGAGUUAUAGUUCAUGAGAAGAGGUUGAAUAAUGUUACGGCACGUUUAGAAAUACCGCCAUCUUGAAAACUGAUUGCGACAGAGGGAGAGGGUAUCCAAGCAAGAUGGUGGCGCCUACACCUAUCACCUCGUCUUUUUAAACAUUUAUUAAAAUUAUUUAGCCACAUCAGAUCGCCUUUAACUCAUUUCAUGCAGUUCCUAUAACAAAUGAACCAAUUUUUUAAGCUGAUUCUUGAGGAGUUAAUUCAAGAUCAUAAGAAAUAAUCAGUCUAUGGCCUGAGAGAGGCUUCGCGAGUGGAAAAAACUACUGAAAUCUGCAAAAACUUCAUCACGAAUUCUCUGCCAAAAAGUCAGAGAAAAACCUGAAAAAUGGUUUCCAAAAAUUUGUUCCUACUAUAGAAACCAAAUGAACAGGGUUAAGGUUGAUCAGAGCAGUUCAAAUGAUUUUAUAAAACGUUUAAAAAUACGAGGUGAAGGCGCCACCAUCUUGAAAGCUACUUGCGACAGAGGGAGGGGGUAUGCAAGCAAGAUGGUGGCGCCCACAACUGUCAUCUCGUAUUUUUAAUCAUUUAUUAAAAUUAUUUAGCCCCAUGAAUUCGCCUUCAACUAGUUUUAUUCAGUUCUUACAGAAUGAAAAAAUGUUUCAAGCCAUCCCUCAGAUUUUUCCACUCUUGAGGCCGCCAAAAAUAAUUCAUUUCUUCCAAAAAAAUAUUCAUUCGGCAACAAUAAAUUAUUCUCUCAGUGUGAAAAGUGUAUGAAAUGAACAAUUUUAUAACCAUUGCCUUAACGAUCAAUUCCAUUUAUUUAUUUAUUUAUUUAUUUUUAUAUUCCCAGAGAUGAACAUAACUCUAUCAUUUCCAUUUCUCCAAUUGUUCCACAAAUUACCAUUAAUUUAUACUGAUUGCAAGUAUGUAUACAGUUAAUUAUUUAUAUAAUUUAAUCCCCUGUCCUCCUAGUCACUAUUGCAUACAUACCUUGCAUAAUGGGGAGCAAUUGCUACUUACAAGAUAAUAAAAUAAAGAACAUCUCAUUACUUUUCUCGUCGAUAAAUCUAUAUAAAAUUAUAUUGCUUCCAUAUACCCAACACAUUUUACACAGCAAAACUAAACAAAUUAGCUAAGUCGCGAUAACAUUAUCAAGGCAGGUACCCAAUUACUUUGUUCGAUUCCAUAA